CUUUUGAUAUUGUUCAAAACUUUCUUUUUCAAAACAAAAAUUUAAUCGAAACUGACAUGGUCCCAUGGGAAGAUUCAGUUAGGAAGAAUCAGCAUUUUCCACAGCCCCGCCCCAAGAAACAUCAUCAAAAGUUCCCAUCAAGCUCCACUGAAUAUGUUUAAAACUCUCAGUUUGCUUUAGUAGCUCAUGUAGGUCAGUGAUUUUGAGCCUGUUAUUCUUAUUAAUUAUAUGUGUUACUUUAGAGACUAGAGGCUGCACCAAGAUCAGGGCCCCAUUUUGCUAAGUGUUGUACAAAUACUUUGUAAGAGACAGUCCCUGCCCUGGAGAGCUCCUACUCUAAAUAGACAAGGCAGAAGGGUCACACAGCAAAUUAGUGGCAGAGCCAAGGGCUAGAAUAAGUCCCAAUGCAGUGUCUGAUCCAUGCAGCCUCCUGAACAAUCUCUCUACUUUUUAAAGGUUACGAUGUCUAAUCAGGAAUGUGAAAGUCCAGAGCCAGAAGAUGAGCAGGCUAAACCGGACAGCCCGUUCUUUGAUGAUGUAGAAAGACGUGAAUUACAUAGUGAGAGCCUGUCCAGGAAGGAAUCGCCCAGCACAUCAUUGCUCUGCCCCACUGCAGAUGGGCCCAUAGCUGCAUUGGACGGCAAGUCAUCCAAUUAUUUCGCAGCCCUGGAUUCAAACAUUGAAAAUCUGCAGAGAAGAACGCAGCAGCUGAUUGAGAAGAUCAAUGAGAACCGGAAGAAAGACCACACUGUCAUGAGCAAUUUCAGGGAGAGCGUCAUGCUGAAGGUUUCGAGUUUGGCGGAGAAGCUGGAGGAAAUGAUGUUUCUCAUUUACGAUCGCCAUAACAAGCAAAUGCAGGAUAAGCUCCAAGAGCUCUCGGAGAUAAUGGAGAGGAUCAGCCAGAUCCACACGGAGCUCAGACAAGUCUGCCACACUGUGGAGGCAGCUUAUAAAGACUUGUGCGUGCAGCCAGAGGUGUGAGAACACUAGGAAGA